CUUAUCAAAUUUAGCCAAAUGCCAAGUUUCAACGUAAUAGCAAAUAAGUUUUAACAAUUAAAAUAUGUUGUGUGUGUAAUUGGUAAAUAAUAUAUAUAACUGAAUAAAAUGUGAUUUUUAAUAAUAGUGUCAUAGUCAACGGUAUAGGAUAGUAUGACGAUGUACUUAGUCAGUUAAAAUUGUACUGUAUUUUUUUUAGUGGUUUUAAUAUUCCUACUCGGUUGUUCCGGUUCUUUAAAAUGCGUUUUAUCAUGUUUUCGUUCAAUAGUAUAAAAUUAAUUUUACUAUUAUUAGUAACAUUUUGCCUGUCACAAGAAUUUAAAGGAUUCGAUGAUACUAUAUUGUAUAAGAUUAGAUGGCCUGGCAAGGAAUUAGACGGUUUAGCUACGCAGGGACAAGAAGAAAAUACAUUAAAGGUGAAAACUGCUCUCGGUGAAUCUUAUCAAUGCAUUCUACCUCAACAAGACGAAGAAAGCAAAGAAUCCAAGUCUCCUUAUAGUGGACCAAGUCCACUUGAAUUAUUGGCUCCAUUAUUCUCCAAGCAAGCUUGUUCAUAUAGGGUGGAUACUUACUGGAUAUAUGAAGUAUGUCACGGGCGACAUGUACGACAGUAUCACAGUGAUCGAGAAGAAAAAUCGAAAAAGGAACAAGAAUACUUUUUAGGCAAAUGGACAAUUUUUGAUGGUCUUAAGUUAGAAGAAGACUUAAAGCGAUUAGCAAACCUUAACUAUCCAGGUCCUACACAAACGAGGAAGGUCGAAGGAGUCAAUUUACCGUUUUUCCAAAUUAACAUGACCGAUGGCACAGUUUGUGAUCUGAGUGGACGACCAAGACACACAAACGUUUUAUACGUGUGUUAUCCUCAAAGUAAACAUAACUUGUUUUCAGUAAAAGAAACCUCAACAUGUCAAUAUGAAGUGAUCGUCUUGACAUCCUUGCUGUGUUCACAUCCUUGGUAUAAACCGCCAAAUAGUGAUGAAUUAAAUAUUGAUUGUUUGCCAAUUGAAGACUCGCCACGCAAACCACACAAUUUAAAAGUAAUUGAGGCUGAUGCACACAGAACGAGAAAACGUUUACGACUGCGAACUGAUCCUCUCAAAAAAAUGGAUAAUGUUAUAGUAGCUGUUACAAUAGAUAAGAACGGGGAACAAAUAAGAGUUAAGCUACAGCAAGUUUCACCUGAGAAUAGCGCAAAAGAGAGAGUGACGAUGAAAGAAUCAGUUACUUCGGAUAGAAAGGCAACUAAUGAAAUCAAUGAAUUUUUGAAUGGAGAACUAUGUCUAGAUGGGGGUUCUGGAUGGUGGAAAUAUGAAAUUUGUCACAAGAAGUAUGUGCAACAAGUGCACAAAGAAAAAGGAAAACCGGACAUUAUAAUUAACUUAGGAGAAUUUGAUUUAGAAGAACACAUCGAGUGGUUGGAGCGCAAUCCAGAAAAAAAAGUAAUAAGUGGAAAUGUCAAAAAUUACGUCUCGCAUUACUAUUCAAGGGGAAGUGUUUGUGAGUCAACUGGUGAACGACGAGAGACCGAGGUACGAUUUAAAUGUGUUAAUAAACGUAAAUUGGAAAAUCAAGUAGCAAUGUAUUUAAUGGAACCAAAAACUUGUAAAUACAUUCUAACCGUGGAAUCAUUAGCAAUAUGUGAUUUCCUAGUACAUGCAGACGAAAAUGGUAUGCUACGACCCUUGGAUAAGAAUGAAAUUGAGGAUAACAUUACUACUUUAAAUAAAAAAGAAAACAAUGAUGGCAUAAAGCUUGUUGUUCAUAAAAAAAAAGAUGAAGUUGAAAGUCCGACCACUGAAAAUAAUGAGUCUAAAGACGCAAAUCAAAAACAAAAUUUGAAUAAAAAACCAAAAACCGAACUUUAAAAAUUUGUAUAAUAUAAAUUAUGUAAAUAGUUUUUGUAGGCUGUUGCUUUUGAUUGUUUGUUGGUUUACAUUUAUUUAUUGUAUUCAGU